AACGAACACAGAGAAGAUGGAUAAAAUGAUGUUUGGAAAAACACACAGCUUAUUUAUCAGUUGAAAAGAUCAACUUGCCGCAUUGGAUUCAAAGUUGUUGUUUUUUCUAUCUAGUAAUGGAAAAAGACCCAAACUGGAAAAUGGAAUACAGACUGGAGUUAAUGGUGCUUCUUGUUUUGUUGAUAACAGCUUCAUCUAUCGCCCUGAGCAGAAAAGAUACCACAGAAGCCAUGGUUUACUUAAAGAAGUAUGGCUACCUGCACAUCCCACUGGACAGUAAAGUUCAAGAUUAUUCACAUGAGCAAAUGGCGGAAGCUUUAAGAAUGUUUCAGAAAGUGACCAACCUGCAGGUAUCAGGAAAACUGGAUUUAGUCACGCUGGCAAUGAUGAAUAAACCUCGAUGUGGCCUCGAGGAUUCUUUCGAUAACAAAUCUCUCAAAUAUCGAGUCCUAGGUUACUGGCGUAAGAAAAUGCUGACGUACCGCAUUUACAAUUACACUCCUGAUCUGGGUCAGGGAAAGACUCGCAUGGCCAUCCAGAAUGCUUUUAAGUACUGGAGUGAUGUGUCACCUUUAAGGUUCAGAGAGUUGGAUCAAGGAAGAGCAGACAUCAAAAUCUCAUUUCACAGAAAAGACAAGACGUGUCCAGUACCCUUUGAUGGCCGAGGCCGUGUUUUAGCGCACGCUGAUGCCCCCGAGUCUGGCAUUGUGCACUUCGAUGAGGAUGAACUGUGGACAGAAGGGAAGAGUUCUGGCUCCAACCUGAGGAUUGUAGCAGCUCAUGAAAUUGGCCACGCUCUAGGCCUGGGCCACUCACAGUACUACAAUGCACUGAUGGGACCUGUUUACAAUGGAUACCGCUCUGACUUCAAGCUUCAUCCAGAUGACAUACAAGGGAUCCAAGCUUUAUAUGGAAAGCCAGAGAAGAUUCCUGAAUCCAGAAAUCCAGGACAGUCAAGGCCAGGAGGAGUUAUUCCAAAUCCAUGCAAGGCCACUGUGGAUGCAGUUAUGUUGGGUCCUUUGCGUAAGACAUACUUUUUCAGUGGGCAGUAUGUGUGGACAGUGUCCAACUCUGACUACAACACUCCCAUCCAGAUUUCCGCACUGUGGAAGGAGCUGCCAGGAAGUCUCAGUGCAGCUGUUCACUCUCCGCGAACUGGCAAAUCCUACUUUCUGAAAGGAGACAAAUUAUGGAGAUACACAGGCUUCAAACUUGACCAGGGCUUCCCCAAACGUUUGUCCAACAUCCCUGCAAAUAUUGACUCUGCUUUUUACUUCAAUAAGAACCAGAAGAUAAUCUUUUUCAAAGGCUCUGGAUACUGGCAAUGGGAUGAAAUUGCUCCGACGGAUUUCAAAUCAUACCCUAAACCAGUUGGACAACUCUUCAAAGGGAUGCCCAGCAACACUGAUGCUGCACUAACGUGGACUAAUGGUUAUGUAUACAUAUUUAAAAGCACCGAGUAUUGGCGUGUAAACCAAAACUACCAAGCAGUGGAGAAGACCUACCCUCUCAACACUGCCUUGCGCUGGAUGCAGUGUGAUGACUGAGCCACCAGAGGCCACUGGGGACUCAACAUUAACCUUAUCUGCACAAUGACUUGGUUUAAUAACAGUGAAACAAGCUCACAGUAUGGGUAUUGGUUAUGUGGGUGUGUGCAAUGAUAUUUGCUUCUCAGUCCUGUCAUGUUGAGAAAAAAAGGAAUACUAAAGCUUCCACUUACCUAAUUAAACUAACAAAUAGACUAGUAACUAGUUAAAAUAGUUAUCUUUAAUUAUACAUACUUCUGCUUCUCUUCCACUUUAACAUUAAAUAAACAGACCAAUCAACCAGGAUAACAGAGGAGAGGACAUUAAUCACAGAACAUGUGAGGAAUACUUCCCUGUAGCCUUCCCCCUGGUUGCAUUUUAUUGGUGUAUGUGUACAUUAUGUCAGUAUAUUAUAUGAGUUAUAUCAAAUGUUGUUAGGGUGCCCUUUUUAACGUCUGGCCACAAAUGCCAGAUAAAGGAGUCUUGGUAAAAUCUAAACGAAUCAAAUAAAACUAAAACAGAUUUUUGUGAAGCUCACGCUGCUCUUAACAAAGCAGGAGUCUUAAGAAGUCAGAGCAGGUGGAAAACACCUGUGUAGUUGUGCAUGCAGUGUCUUUGAAGGAUAAGGUCACUUUACCUGAUAAGAAAGUCAACUUCAGACACGUGAACAAGAUCAGCAGGCGGUUUUCACCACAUGGAGAUCUUCCAAAUACCUAACUUCUGUGUUCACUUUUAUUUAGGCACCAGUUUAUUAUAAUUAAUUAAAAUGAAACUAAAAACUACAACUCGAUGUGAACAAUUGAAAUAACUGAAAUAAAAAUCAGACUUUGAAUAGGCUGAUCGAAAAUGAUAUUGUGCAUUCAGAAAACUAAGAAUUAAUUUUGCUGCCGUGUGGUUCUAUUGGAAACAUCAGAAGACUUUGUUCUAUGUGUUUUUCCGUGACCGUAAUUUUUCGAUUACACUGUUGUGUUCUAAUAUCUAUUCUGGACUUCUUAGCACUUGCCCUUAACAAAUACCACCCACAUAAAAAAAAAGACUGUAUUAAAACUGGACAUCGUCAGAGCAUAAAAAGCUCAAUUGUGAAAUGUGCAAACCAGCGGAAACUAGCUGAAGCUACACUGAAAUGAAAACUUUAAUUCAAAAUGAAAUGAAAAUUAGAAGGAACAAAAAAAUUGAAACUGUGUUUACUCAGACAAAAGACAACGGCUCAAAAAUGUGAAAAAUGUAAUUUCCACUUUCUUUUAAAAUGUCUGUGGAGAAGUUUUUUGCUACGAUAAACAUCAUUCUGUACAAAAAUGUCCAUAAUAUCAUUAUGCAUGUACAAGGACAAUAAAGGGCUAUUCUAUUCUAUUCUAAAUCCUUGCACGUAAAGUGCAAAGUUAACAUAGCUGAACAGUAGCGACAUUAACUGAAAAAACAAAGGGUGGGAAAAAAGUGGAAUUAACAUUUAAACAAGUGUGAACAAAGGGAAGGUUAACCUUAAGAACAAAACUGACAUAUUCAUACAUUAUAAUUAAAACAAUGUUCCAGAAAUCUUGGACCCAUUUUCAUAGUGUUCAUACACUUCUUGUUUUCUUCUUUUCUGCUAAUCUGAACCCCACAACCAUAAAACUGUACAGAACAAAGUGCAUUGACCAAGUGGCAACAUCCAGAAGGGACUGCAAAUCGAAGUCAACACUGCAGUUCCUCAAGUGACCACUUGAAGCUGGCUCCGUAAAGUGAGUCUGUACUCAGAGACUCCAGUGUUAAAAGGCCAAAGUUUAGCUAUGGCAUAUUUACAGUCUAGUACAAAAAUGGCUUUGUUCUCUAUAAUUAAAUCCCUCAUAAUAAUUACAGGUUUUUUGAACUGUUUAAACUUUCAAGGCUGCCAGCUGUCUAUUAUCAACUCUGAAAAACUUCUCAAAUCUGUUUGUAUCUUUUGGAGCAUUUUUAAUACAUUUAUAUACCAAAUCACAUGACUCGCUUAGCACUAAUUAUAAGGUAUCUGUGUCUGCAUGAUGCAUCCAUGCAGUUUACGGAUCAAGCUAAUGGUAAUAUUAGUAGAUAACUCAGCCCGUUUGUCCAAAUUUGGUCACUUCUGAUUCCAAAACAUCCAACGUGCUAAAGAAAUGCUGAAGUAAAAGCUUUAAAACUGGAUUUAACAUUUAGACACAAGAGGUUGUUGUUUGUGAAAGGUCAGAGAAUGUAAACAUGAAUGACAUCUCGCUCUGUAAUACUGGCCAGCUGCGUUCUUCUUUUAUAGCAGUGACAAAAUGAUGUACAGAAAACAGCUGUACAAUUACUCCAAGAAGGCGUGUGGAUUUUUUUGUGACCUAGUCAUGAUUUUUUGGAGGAGAUACAGUUUCUGAGUCAAAUGUAUUUGUGACCUACAAAUAGGAGAAUUUUGAUC